AUGCGAUCGACAUCAACAAUUACUAUCUACUCUAUUUCUUUCAGUCGCGAUUUGCUCACUAGGACGAAGAAGGAAAUGGAUCGCGUCUACCAGAAGUACAAUCGUCUCCUGCACUCUCCGGCCCUCAAAACCCUUUCCGAGGAUAAAAAGAGACUUGCCGGUGAGUACCUCAAGACCGUUGUUCGAGCCCAACACUCACGAGCUGAUGAAUUAUGGACGAAAAAGGAACAAGAAUUGCAGAAUUCAUAA